CGAAGAGAAAACGCUUAUAAUGGGUUGUGAAAGUGGAAAGUACCUUAUGGAAAUCCCCUGGCUUUUAUGUACUGGUAUCAAUCGGGCUGUCUGAACUAGAGCGUAUACUUUGCCGUGUUUUGGACGCGUCUCAAGCGAGCUGUGAAAUCCAGUGGAUCUCUUAAAGCGCCAUGGACGAUUAAAGUGGACUGAGUGAAGUAGCAGCAGAGCCAGAGCAUCUUAUGGGCUUUGUUGGUGGAUACCGACAUAUAGAACAGUGAUAGAUUGGUUCCCCACUCCAGAUCACCAUGUCCCAGGGCCAGAACUUCCUGCCCAAGUUCCUGUUCGUGAGUAACCUCCUGAAGGCCGUGAAAAUCAGAGAGCGGGUUCCCAAUGACGUGGUCAAGGCUUCGUCCAGCGGCGGCCUGAUCCAUCACCUGCGCAGCAUGCAUCGCUACACCCUGGAGAUGAUCCGCAUGAGCCAGUUCCCGCAGGCCUUCCGCGAGGUCAUCCAGGCGGCCAUCUUGGACAGGGCCAUGCAGAGCUCGCUGGAGCAGGAGAAGAGGUUGAACUGGUGCCGUGAGGUCAAGAAGCUGGUGCCGCUGAGAACCAACGGUGAUGGGAACUGCCUGCUUCACGCAGCCUCUCAGUAUCUACUAGGGGUUCAGGACACAGACCUGGUGCUCAGAAAGGCUCUUUACGCAGUACUGAAGGAAACAGACACUAGUAACUUUAGGACACGCUUUCAGACAGAGCUUCUGCACUCGCAGGAGUUCACCCAGACCGGUCUGAGAUACAGCACUUUGAACUGGGAGGAGGAAUGGGUUAAGAUUGUAGAAAUGGCUUCUCCAGUGUCCAGCAGUAAUGGCCUACAGUUUGACUCUUUAGAGGAUAUUCACAUAUUUGUGCUUUCAAAUAUUCUACGGAGGCCGAUUAUUGUUAUUGCAGACCAAGUACUUAGAAGUAUGAAGUCUGGUUCCUCGUUUUCACCCCUCAAUGUGGGGGGCAUAUACCUGCCUUUGCACUGGCCUCCCGGAGAAUGCUACAAAUAUCCCAUAGUGCUUGGAUAUGACUCCCAGCACUUUGCACCCCUGAUCACAAUCAAAGAUAGCGGCCCAGAGAUCCGCGCGGUGCCGCUGAUAAACCCGGGACGGGGAGGGUUUGAGGAGCUUCGAUUGCACUUCCUGACAGAAAAGGAGCAGCAACAGAAGGAGAAGCUGCUAAAAGACUACCUAAUGCUUAUAGAAAUCCCUGUCAUUGGCCUGGGCUACGAUCCCACACAGAUUAUCACUGCGGCCAGACUUGAUGAAGGCAACCUACCCGAGGAUAUGAACCUGAUGGAGGACUACCUACAACUGGUAAACCAUGAAUAUAAGCGCUGGCAAGAGGAUAAGGAGUCAUCGUGGGCCCCCCAUGUGUCCCAGCGUCCCCCUCCCUUCUCGGUCUCCCAACUCUCUCUCAUCGAGAUCCGCUGCGCCACACCCCGAUGCACCUUCUACGUCUCGGUGGACACACAACCCCACUGUCACGAGUGCUUCGAAAAGCGGCAGGCGGGUCGGAAACCAGAGGCCAUUUCCAGCUCGAAUCACUCGUCGUCCUCGGACCCGGAGAGCCGAGCGAGACUGGAGCGCUCCGUCCUCCCCAGCCCUCGUUCGGCUCCCCCUACGGCCCCGAGUCUAAGCCUUUACAGUGAGACUCACGCCAUGAAGUGCAAGACACCCGGAUGCUUGUUCACACUCAGUGUGGAGCACGACGGGUUGUGUGAACGCUGCUUUACGGCGAGGCAAAACCGGUCCGCUGCCAACAGGCCGUCUCACGGGUGGUGCCACGGUCAGUGGAACCGGGAACGAGAGAAGGAAACGGAGAGGGAAAGGGAACGAGAAAGGGACACCGAGAGAUGCGUUCUGUGUCGACAGGAGGUUUUUAGGAUAUUCAAUGGUCUUUGCCCGCCCUGCAUGCAGAGGACUGCCGUUUCCGAGAGGGGAGACGCCCAGCAAGAGGAGCCUUCGACUGAAGCCUCGGUGUGGGCAACGCAUCGGGAGACCGAACGCACGGGCACCACCGGACACACCUGGAAAACGCCUGCCGCCCGACCCUGUAAACGCCCCGGAUGCCAGUUCUUCGGGACGGCAGAGAAGCUGGGAUUCUGCACUAUAUGUUAUCUAGACUACCAGACCAAUCACCAGGCCACCCCUGCUAUUGUCCAGCCCAGGCACACGUCCGAGGCGGGUUUCCAGAACUGUCCGCGGUGCCGAGGUCAGGGAUGCGGUGCCGAGGGAAAGGCCAUGCUGGAGGGUUACUGCAACAAGUGCUUCGUGAAGGAGCAAAGCGCUAGACUCAACCAAGCUGCUAGCAGGGGCUCCAACUCCCCGCCUCUUGUCACGCGGGCCUCGAAACCACGUCCACCGCCAGUGCUGACCAGUGCUCACCAGGCUCAGUGUCGGCGUAGCGGUUGCAAGAACCUGUCCCCUGGUUGCACGGACCUGUGCCCGGACUGCAUCAGCCGAGGCCAGCGAGAGGGUCGGCGCGCCCAGGCGCCCAAAGAGAAAAGCAAACAGCGCUGCAAGACGCAGGGCUGCGAUCACUACGCCAAUCAAGAGAAGCAAGGCUACUGUAACGAAUGUGACCACUUCAAGCAGAUUUACCGAGGCUGACCGAACAGUUCAGUGUCCAAAAGGGCCUAUUUCAUCGUGGCGAACACUCUUACACAAGGAACUUUGCGCCCAAAAUCCUCCACCUGUCUUGGGCAGGGCCUAAAAAGCCCGGUGGUGCUGUAGAAUUGGUGAUUACCUCUGGAAUGAAGUUUUGGUCAUUUGUAUCACGUGUGUGUGUGUGUGUGUGUGUGUGUAUAGGACUUACGUGAGAUGCUAGCAUAAAGAAACUUACGAUACACAGGGACGUCUAGUCGCGCACCUGUGGCGUCUGCUGUUUAUAUUGAACAGGGUAAUUAAUCGCAAACUUUCUUGAAAAAUUGACGUGAGCAUGUAUAAGAAUCAACAAAUUUGACCAAAGUUAAUUUACUGAAAGUGUCUAAGCCAAUGUGCAUCGCCACUGUGGACUGCAGAAAGGCCUUUUGAGACGUACAACAGGGUAUGCGGAGACCACCGAAGGACAGCAUUUGAUAGUUUAUUCAUAAAAUGUAGGUUAAGUGCCAAUGAGAGCUCGCUAAGCAGAGCUCGAAUUUCAUUUCCUGCUGCACCAUGUGAUGUCUGCAAGCAGAACGAAUCUGUUGCCUUUGAGAAUGUUUUAGUUUACCAUUGAUCACUUUUUCGCAAGUCCUUCUUGCUCUUGAAACUAUUGUUCACUUUCGCUUGCCUUGCUAAACUUCAUAUGACUUGGUCUGUUCUAUUGAAUGGAUAUGUUCAUUUUUCUGUGGCUGAAAAAUUCCUUAAGUGCAAUGAAACCCAGAUACUUGACACCUCCCCGAUGAAUAGAGCUGAUGAAAUGACAUUAUUAAGCUGAAGGGAAUUGGCGUGCCAAAAACUGUUUCGCGAGCUAGACGAAAAACGUAUCGGUCCAAACGUAAGCGAACCCAGGUGGGAAACGCCCCGCUCCUAGAUCUGUGAACUCCCCGUUUCUUGCUGUUCUUGCCCAGCCACAUUCUUUCGGUUGCACUACUCUCCUUUAAACACACAAUGCCUCAGUCUAUCCUUUGCAUAUGUUUAGUAUGCACAAACUGACAUGCUCUAUUUGAAUAUUUGCGAAAUAUCUGCAAAGACGUGAAGAGAAAAGAUAGAGUUAGCUUCUGUGGCAUCAUUUAUAAAGAAAUAACUGUCUGUGUUCAACAUUCCCAUCUUUAAAGUCCAGUAUUGUGCAACCACAUUUAGCUUUGUCUACUUGAGAAUUAGUUGAAUGUGGGCCUAUACAGAAAUGUGCUUUGGAUAAAUGAUACACAGAACAAUUUGCAGUCGAAUCAUAAAUUUAAGAGUGUCUACUCUUCAACUACUGGAUCUGUUCAGUCAGUUCAGAUCAUCACAAACUUGCACACAAUACUUAAUAAGCUGCUCUGGAAUUAGGAACGGUACUCCUGACUUACUAGUGACAUUCCAGUUAUAGACCUAGAGGAAUAUAGAUGACAAGAUAGAAAUUUUUUGUGCAACCUUUCAUAGAGUAUUGUAUGAAAAGCCUUGUUUUUUGGUUUGUUUUGGUAUUUAUUCACAGCAAAUAUUAUCUGUAAUGUGUUUCAAGAAUUAUUUAUAUGUGGUCCUGGAAUAAAUUAU